UGCAGCGAGAGUGUAUAAAACCGUUUAAGUUUUGAGACAAGCGCUUAACAGCGCACCACCUUGAAUAGUAACAAAAAUAUUUUGUUAGCGUAUCCUUCCAAACCAGUUUCCGUGUCCCCACUCGACACACCUUACCAUCGUAAAAAUGAGGCAUACGUCUCUGUUCCUGCUUCUUUGUGUCGCCUUAUUCAGCAAGAGGACUUUGGCUGGGAAUUCAUACAGUCCGCGGGUCUAUUUAUCCGGCUUCUCCAACCAGUUUCUGUCCGUUGACGAAUGUCGCACUCAGUACCGGUGGGUGGACGGUAACACCAAGUGUUGGGGUUCGCACAACUAUCGCAAUUGCACCGGAUUUCGCGGGCUCGUCCUUCGUUGCUACGAUGAAGUCACACAGGACAUUCUGAAAAACAUGACCACAGAGAUGGCCCGUCAGCCCAUCCGACCAAUCCGCGUCCGCCUUCACGAUCGACCUUACUUGUGGACGGAUGUGUUAGUUCCUAUCAGAAAGCAGAUUGUCCUCGUAGAUCUCCGUUUAUGCGAAGACACACGGAUCACCGGCAAACUGGCCCAGUUGGAGAUGUCCAAAGUCGUGGAUUUCAAGCUCUUUAACUGCCACAAUCUGGACAUUCGGCGCAAUGAUUUCUCGAAGUCGCCGGAAAUCCGCGUGAUCCGAUUCGACAGCGUGACCAUCAGUGCACUGGAAGUCAACAGUUUUCAGGAUUUAGAAUAUCUGCGCAUGUUGUCAUUAGAUUAUCUGCGGUAUCACGAUUGGAACGGAUUAACGCGUGAUAAAGCGUAUUUGUGGAAAUUGCACUGCGGAUGCGAAUUCGCAUGGUUCCGGUCGUUUAUCGCAGCCAAUCCACGUCUACUGGAACCUGGGAGGCAGGGAGCGAUGUAUGAGAUCGUCCCGGAUUUAUGGGAAAGUGAACCAAAGGAGAAAUUCGAAAUGUUCAUCCCGGUGGACUGCGAUUGAUCAUGGUCGGUCUCAGUGGUCCAUCAAUGCGCAAGAAAACUGCACUAGUAUCGGAGAGAACUGACCGCGGCCGGCAACAGGAUGCAUCGGACGAUAAAUACUUGACCUUAACGAUAGAACAGGUGUGCCUUUCGUCAUAUCAUCUUCACUGCAUAACGUCACGAGAAGAACCUAUCCAUAUUAGUUAACUAUAAAGUAUGUUCCGAAUACAUGUUUUUUUUUGCGGCCGAAACGGGUCAGCACUGUGAAAAUUAAGGUAGGAAGUACAAAAAGAAAUAAUGAUGUCUC